AUGCAUCUUACGGCAAGCGUCGUCGCCCUAUCCGGCCUUCUCUGGGCCAGUCGAGGAACACCCAGGCCAACUCAUCCAACUGAACAAAUCGUGUUCCAUCAGGACUAUUCCCUUGCGUCCACCAUCAGAGACACAUUGAUCGCCAACGAUGUGAUCGGGGACGUCCUUGACGACUUUGAGCCAUCCUACUACCUGGACAUCACCUACCCCAAGUCCCACGAAACGGUCCUUCUCGGAAAUGACAUUCCUGUGGAGGCGGUCUCAGAGCGUCCAGUAUUCACGUUCCACUCCCUUGAGGUUGCGUCCACCAACGCCAAAAAUUCGACUUUCACUCUUGUGCUCACAGAUCCUGAUGCAAAGUCUCGCGACAACCCGAUCUGGUCCGAGAUGUGCCAUUGGAUCUUGACCAAUUUAACCACACCAAUCCCGGAGCCACCGAUUCAGCUACUCAAAGCUAAGCCAGGAGAGCUGGAAGAGUACCUGCCCCCGGGCCCACCGCCCAAGACAGGUCCACAUCGAUAUGUGUUCGUCUUGCUCGAAGGAGACACCUCCAACCUCAAAGCUCCCUCCGGUAGGAAACAUUGGGGCUACGGCAAGCCUCGACAUGGUGUGAGAGACUGGGCCAAAGAGAACGACUUGACUGUUGUGGGUGCCAAUUUCUUCUUUGCGCAGAACAAGAAGCAGUGA